UCUAAACUUUUACCCUUUCGUGCAUCAGAAAUGGUAGGAGUUACGUUUUGAAGCCUCGCAAACAGACCCCCGACAAGUAGCAUCAAGGCGUGCACAUCAGUGGGUGUUCUUUGGUUCGCUCUUCCGAUCUUGCAGUUCUCUUCCUUCCCACUUCGAUAUUUUCCAUAUGGGUUGUGAAGAAUUAGGUUUAGUUUCAUUUUGCAGUCCGGAAAAUUUAGGUUCAUUAUCUGUACACUGCUGUGGUGGCUCGCUCUGCACUGGAUGAGAUGUCAGAAUCUGGUGCCUUUAUGAGAACUCCUUCAACAUUUCGUAAUUUUAUUUCACGAGAUCAAAAUUCUAGUUUCCCAGCCGAAGCUGGUAGAUAUCAUCUGUAUAUUUCAUAUGCUUGCCCCUGGGCUUCCAGGUGCCUUGCAUACUUGAAAAUUAAAGGUCUCGACAGAGCCAUCAGUUUCACAUCAGUAAAAUCCAAAUGGGGGAGAACGAAAGAUACUGAUGAACAUAUGGGAUGGGUCUUUCCUGCCUCAGAUACCGAGGAACCGGGUGCUGAACCCGACCCUUUGAAUGGUGCAAAAAGUAUAAGAGAACUGUAUGAGCUUGCAAGCACAAACUAUUCUGGGAAAUAUACAGUUCCUGUUCUCUGGGAUAAGAAACUCAAAACUAUAGUCAACAACGAGAGUUCAGAUAUAAUCCGGAUGUUCAACACUGAAUUCAAUGAUAUAGCAGAUAAUGCAGCCCUGGAUCUUUUUCCUCCUUACUUGCAAUCUCAGAUAAAUGAGAUUAAUGACUUUAUAUAUGAGGGGAUAAAUAAUGGGGUUUAUAAAUGUGGGUUUGCUAAGAAGCAAGAUCCAUAUGAAGAGGCUGUGAAGGAAUUAUAUGAUGCUUUGGACAAAUGUGAGGAGAUAUUAGGCAAGCAACGGUACUUAUGCGGCAACACAAUUUCUGAAGCAGAUAUCCGAUUGUUUGUCACCCUUAUAAGAUUUGAUGAGGUUUAUGCUGUUCACUUCAAGUGUAACAAGAAGCUCUUGCAUGAGUUCCAUAACUUGUUCAAUUACUCCAAGGACAUAUACCAAAUUCCCGGCAUAAGUAGCACAGUGAAAAUGGAUCACAUAAAGCGAAGUUACUAUGGAAGCCAUCCUUCCAUCAACCCCUAUGGCAUUGUUCCUAUCGGCCCAAACAUAGACUAUUCUGCUCCACAUGACAGAGGUAGGUUUUCCAAAUAGAAUGAUGGAUCUGCAAGUUCUAAACCAAGUGUUUUGUUGUUUGAUUUCUGAGGGCAUGCUUGUGUAACUGGUGGAGAAGUAGUUGCAUAAUGAGAAAAGGUGUCAACGAAUCCUGAGGGUUGAAUGUUCACAAUUAUGGCUGAUUGCUUGGUUUUCUCCUACAGUAUUUAUGUAGCAGCAUAUUGAUAAUGGCGGUUGGUGGCAUCAUUCUCAGCUGAUUAGCUUGACUGAUGUAAGAUAGCAGCAUAUAUCUUACAUAAUAAAUUAGUGAAGAAAACCCUUAUAAGUU